AUGCCCUUCGCACAGCUCGUCAUCGGGCCGCCGGGCUCUGGGAAGUCGACGUACUGUGAUGGAAUGCAACAGUUCAUGGGCGCAAUCGAGCGCAAGUGUUCCGUCGUCAACCUCGACCCCGCCAACGACCACACCUCAUACCAGCCCGCUCUAGACGUCCGGGACCUGGUCACAAUAGACGACAUCAUGGAGCAGGAGACCCUGGGCCCAAACGGAGGCGUCUUGUUUGCGCUCGAGGAACUGGAGCACAACUUCGACUGGCUAGAAGAGGGCUUGAAGGAACUUGGAGACGACUAUGUCCUCUUCGACUGCCCCGGCCAGGUCGAGCUCUUCACGCACCACGGCUCGCUGCGCAACAUCUUCUUCCGCCUACAAAAACUUGGGUAUCGACUCGUCGUCGUACACCUGACCGACUCCAUCAUUCUCUCGCGACCGUCGCUAUACGUUUCCUCCCUCCUGCUCGCCCUACGCAGCAUGCUGCAGAUGGACCUGCCCCACUUGAACGUCCUCACAAAGAUCGACAACCUCCGAAACUACCCAAACCUGCCUUUCAACCUCGACUUUUACACCGAAGUCCAGGAUCUACAGUACCUCCUGCCCCACCUCAACCGCGAACAGACGUCUGGCAUUCCAGGCCCUACAACAGCUGGCACCAACGACGUAGACCCAGACGACGAGCCAACAUCAAAGUUCUCCGCGCUCAACAAGGCGAUCGUGGAGCUCGUUGAGGACUUUGCGCUGGUAGGGUUCGAGACACUCGCAGUAGAAGACAAGAAAAGCAUGAUGACGCUGCUACGGGCUAUCGAUCGUGCAGGCGGCUUUGCGAUGGGCGGCAUAGAAGGCGCAAACGACACAGUGUGGCAGAUGGCUAUGCGCGAGAACGGGGCAACUAUGGACGCCCGCGACGUGCAGGAGAGGUGGCUGGAUAGGCGAGACGAGCUAGAUGAAGAAGAGAGGAAGGCAUGGGAGGACGAGACCAAAGACAUGCGCGAUCCACCACCGCAGAACGCUCCUCAAGUAAUCCCCACGUCAAAGCCUCCAGCAAAGCCUCUAACGAAGCCCAAAAGCCAGGACAGCGACGACGACAUGGACGACCUGGAGGAGAUGCGACAGUUCAUGGAGAAGAAGAAUGACACCGGCAUCAAUGUUCCAUCUCGCGACCUGGCCAGCGGCCCCCACGUCUCCAUCUUUAGCGACGACCCCACGCUCAGUCGUCAUAAGCGGAAGCGUUCGCUCUUCCGUUCCAAACACAGCCGGGCGCAGUGGGUACCCGAACCAGACCGCGACAUGAGUGAACUGCUGGAAUUCGUCUUGCAGCACGAAGAGGCCUUCAAGAACCAGUACCGCCUCGCAUCGCUCUAUGCAGACUUUCGGCAACAGCUCGAGAUCAACCCCGAGGGCUACCAUGCGAACAUUGCCGCAUGGACAAAGGCGCUUGUCGAUGCCUCGCGAGCGGGUGUUGUUCCCAGACAGGGCACCACACACGAUCUCCUAAGCAUACGAGCCGCCGACGAGCUCGCGCGAGCCCUGCAACACCCGCAGCAUGGCAAGCCUACCUGUCUGCCGGCCGUGUUCCAUGAGGCAGUCCAGAAGAAGGAGAUGGUACCCCUAAAAGACUUCCUGACAGCGAAAGAGAGCAUAUACAAGACAUCGUGGAUACCAUCACCAUGGAAGGUGCUCCAGUGGAGUCUGCGGCAGGUUGGCGUUUUGGGGCAGGUACAAGCGCCCGCCAAGAUGGAGGUUGGAAACUUUGUGGUCGUCAAGAAUGUGGAGGUUGCUGCAGACGAGAUACUGAAGAAGAUGAAGGAGCACACGUCUACGGCUGAUCGGGCGCUAUCAAAAACAGACUUCCUGAAACGUUUCGCGACUGUACUCAACCCAACUGCACCGCUUACGACAAACGAUCUGGACAUUGUCCUUACAUUCCUCGCCAGAGACAAGCAAGCAAUAUCUUACAACGAGCAGACGAUCAAGUUCAAGCCGGAGCACGAGGACGUGCCUCUGCCAGUUACGGAAGAGGAUGCUGCCAUCGCCAAUCUUCGCGACACACUAGCAAACAUCAACGCCCAGAUAUCGCCGAUCAUGGAGAAGAUUGCUCUGGCAGACGCAGCGGCACGGGAGGCCGUAGCUGCGAAGCAGAUGGUCCGCGCCAAAGCUGCACUGCGCUCGAAGAAGCUUGCCGAGAGCGCUCUCAAACAGCGUUCCGAUGUUGCCCUCCAGCUCGAGCAAGUCUACACAGACCUACAGCACGCAGCUGAUCAAGUCGAGAUCGUGGAGGCCAUGCGCGCCGGUGCUGCUGCGCUCAAGGGUCUCAACGAGAAGGUUGGCGGUGCAGAGGGCGUUCAAGGUGUUGUUGAUGCCGUCAAUGAACAGAUGGCGACUACGGAAGAGAUUACGAACAUCAUCAAUGAAACCGACCAGCCUCUCGACGAGGGCGAGAUUGACGAUGAAUUCGAAGCACUGGAGAGGGCGGAUCGCGAGAAGCGGGAAAAGGAAGAAGCCGAGAAAACUGCUGCGAGGCUGGCGGAACUGGAAGCAGUGGAGAAGAAGCGCAAGGAGAGGGAGUCAGUCAAGACGGACGAGACAGAAGAACAAGUCGACGAGGCAUCUCAGAGCAUGGCAAGGAUGUCGUUUCGCCAGCCAGAUGACGAGAUGAAGGAUACUGAAGAGAGGCGCACAGCUGCACUAGUUACACUACAUACGACGAUGAACUCCGUCCGCGCCGCAACCAGCGCCUCGCGCACCGCUCUCACCGCUACCGCCCGCACAGCAGCUCCCCGCCGGGCCUUCUCACAGUCACAAACAACGCGAUCGGGCCACGGACCCAGCUACGACCCCCCAUCCGGAUGGCUCUUCGGUGUCAAGCCCGGCGAGCAGUAUGAGAAGGAGGGGUGGGAGAACGCCAUGUACUGGGGAUUCGGCGGAGCUUGUGCUUUUGGCGUUGUGGCUUAUGCUUUCAAGCCGGAUACUAGCAUCCAGACCUGGGCCCUAGAGGAGGCGCGACGAAGACUCGAAGCCGAGGGCAUCCUCUCAGACCCGGAUACCGUCAAGAAGGAGUAG